UGUGUUAUUUCUUAUUAACUAAAAAAUACAGGGUAAAAAGAAUCGUUUAGUCGGCGUCGGACGCGAUAGAAGGGUAGUAAUAUUCUGUGUAUAUGAGGAAUCCUAUGAAUCCCUGACGAACAAUCAUUUCAUUGAUUGACUGUUGUAUUAUUAUUAUGGCUUCUUCUUCAUCUGACCCCCCCUUGAAUCAAAACCCUAAUCACAAUCUAUCGGCUUACUAUCAAACAAGAGCCGCUCAUCACGGGGUGGUAACAAGCGACUGGCUGGCCCAGGCUCAAGCGGCCGUUGGACCUCCUCAAACACCACCGUCAUCGUCAUCUUCGGAUAUGUUGGAAAAAAUAAGAAAACAAGGGAGUGUGAUAGAGGAAUUCAACAAUUGGAGAAAACAGGCGGAUCUUGCAGAAGCCGUUGCUGCAAUCAGGGCCUUGGCUUCCGUUAUACGCUCCAGUGAAGCUACUACUAUCAUGGAACUUCAGUCUGAACUCGAUUCUGCUUCCCUUUCCCUCAAGUCAUGGGACACAACUUCUAUCUCUUUGACGGCCGGGUGUGAUCUUUUUAUGCGUUACGUAACUAGAACUUCUGCUUUUGAAUACGAGGAUUUUGAUUCUGCCAAGGCUCGCUUUCUUGAACGUGCUGACAAGUUUGGUGACAUUUCUUACAAGGCUCGGAAAAUCAUUGCGAUGCUAGGUCAAGAUUUCAUUUUCAAUGGUUGUACCAUCCUUGUUCAUGGUUUUUCAAGAGUUGUUCUGGAAAUUUUGAAGACUGCAGCACAAAGCAAGAAAGUCUUUCGAGUUCUCUGCACAGAGGGGCGGCCAGACAGGACAGGGCUAAGAUUUUCCAAUGAGCUGGCAAAGCUUGAUGUUCCGGUGAAGCUGUUAAUUGAUUCAGCUGUAGCAUAUAGUAUGGAUGAAGUUGAUAUGGUAUUCGUCGGGGCAGAUGGAGUGGUUGAAAGUGGAGGUAUAAUUAACAUGAUGGGAACAUAUCAGAUUGCAUUGGUGGCCAAGACCAUGGACAAGCCUGUUUAUGUUGCUGCUGAGAGCUACAAGUUUGCUCGUCUGUAUCCGUUGGAUCAGAAGGAUAUGGUACCUGCAUUACGCCCUGUUGAUUUUGGAGUACCCAUCCCAGCAAAAGUUGAAGUUGAGAGAUCAGCUAGAGAUUACACCCCACCACAAUAUCUGACCCUACUUUUUACAGAUUUGGGUGUGUUGACACCGUCUGUUGUUAGUGAUGAGCUUAUCCAGCUUUACUUGUAACUUGGAGGAAUUCUUUUGGCAGUUUAUAGUACGCUAUAUAAAAAUUUUGUUAUGUGUUUUUUUGUUGACAAUGAAGUCGGUGGUUUUUUGAUUUUUUUUUAAAUAUAGCAUUGGUGCACCUGAAUUGCUUGCUUUUAUCUGCAUUAAUAAAAAGUGUUAACGAUUGUUGAUGGA